CGCAGUAAAUACGCAGAAGUAGGAGAGCAGCUGUCAUGGCGGCACUGGUCCGAGCUUUGAGAGCAGGACACGGAGCCGGAAGGGCACUCCGGGAACGGCCUAGAGUUUUGGCUCCACAGUGUGUCCAGAAGCGCACGUUCCAUGGUGCAGCUCUGAGAAUGCAAGAUGAAUCCAAAUGUGACAAAGCCGCGUCUGCUGCAGCCAGUGCCAACCAUCAUGUGCACCAUAACUUCCAGCAGGUUCCAACGGAGGAUGCUGUCUCAGAGCAAACCUCAGACGAGGGCCACAGGCCCAGCAGCAGUUUCCAGGAGCAGAAUGGAGAGCAGGAUGAGGAGUACGAGACUGAGGAACAGCUGCAGGCCAGAAUCCUGAGUGCAGCGCUCCAGUUUGUACCUGUGCAUGGCUGGUCUAUGGAGGCCAUUGCAGCAGGGGCAGAGAGCCUGGGCCUGUCCUCUGCUUCCACAGGCAUGUUCAGUGGAGCCGGAGACCUGGUGCUUCAUUUCAUUGCCGACUGCAACUCCCAGCUCAUUCAGAUCCUUGCAGAACAACAGAAGCAGGUCCAACUAGGCCAGGCAGAACCAAAGAAGACCGCAGACUUUCUGAAAGAUGCAGUGGAGACCAGACUAAGGAUGUAUGCACCUUAUAUUGAAACGUGGCCCCAGGCUAUGAGUCUCCUGCUGCUGCCUCAAAACAUCCCUGAGGGUCUGAAGCUUCUGUCCUCACUAGUGGACGAUAUGUGGUACUAUGCAGGGGAUCGUUCCACAGAUAUGAACUGGUACACAAAGAGGGCUGCACUAACAGGCAUCUACAACACCACUGAACUGGUGAUGGUGCAAGAUUCUUCUCCUGAUUUUCAGGAAACCUGGGACUUCCUCCACAAUCGCAUACAAGAUGUUGUGAACAUGGCCAACACAGCUAAGCAGGUGCAGUCAACAGGUGAAGCAGUUGUUCAAGGGCUUGUGGGAGCAGCUGUAACGUUGAAGAACCUGACUGGGAUAAACCAGAGGAGAUGAAAUUGUAUUAAUUGGAACAUCUGUCAGUUGAGAUUGUGAAGGAUCACCUCAGAUUGACCUCAAAGCAUCGUGUGGCUGGUUUCAAAUGAAUCACUCUCAUAAAGCCUCUUCUUGCCCAACUGCAGCUGUAAUACAUGGGGCUUGUUUAGAAUCGACAGAAUGAAACUUGUAUAAUAUAUUAAAACUUAAGUAACUACUUGUAAAUAAACUAGCACUAGCUACA